CUAGGUCUUAGGGCGGAGCCUCCCGCCUCGCCUAGCCUCGACUCGGGUUCCUAUCCGAGAUGAGGGAAGUAGGAGUCUCAAGGAACUCGUGACCGAGCUGUCCCGAGUCCUGACACAGAUUCUCUGCAGGCUGAUGGCAGCGCCGACCUCACUCCUGCUGGCCGCGCUGCUGUGGGUCCCGGCCGAGGCCCUGAGCUGCUACGGAGACUCGGGGCAGCCUGUGGACUGGUUCGUGGUGUACAAGCUGCCGGCCCACAGCUGGUCUGGGGAGUCCGCGUGGAAGGGCCUGCAGUAUAAAUACCUGGAUCAGAGCUCCGGGGGUUGGCGCGACGGCAUGUGGCCCAUCAACAGCUCAGAAGGGGCCGUGGGCCGCAGCCUGCUGCCGCUGUACCGAAGCAAUUCCAGCCAGCUGGCCUUCCUACUAUACAACGACCAGCCUCCUACAUCCAGCUCUGCUCCCGAUACUUCUAGCCGUGGGCAUACAAAGGGUGUCCUACUCCUAGACCAAGAAGGGGGCUUCUGGCUGAUCCACAGCGUCCCUCGUUUCCCACCGCCUGCUUCCUCUGGGGCAUACAGCUGGCCUCCUAAUGCUCGAACCUUCGGCCAGACCCUUAUCUGUGUGUCCUAUCCUCUCACCCAGUUCCUAAGGAUUGGCAGGCAGCUGACCUACACCUACCCCUUUGUCUAUGAGCACAAAUUGGAAGGCAUCUUUGCCCAGAAAUUCCCUGACCUGGGGCAGGUCAUUAAGGGUCACCAUGUCCUGCAGGAACCCUGGAACAGCAGUGUAACACUCACAUCACAAGCAGGAGUGACCUUCCAGAGCUUCUGCAAAUUUGGAAAGUUUGGAGAUGACCUGUACUCUGGCUGGUUGGCAGCAGCCCUUGGCACCAACUUGCAGGUCCAAUUCUGGCCAAAUUCUCCAGGUAUCCUGCCUUCCAACUGCUCGGGGACCCAACAAAUCCUGGAUGUGACCCAGAUAGGCUUCCCUGGACCAGCAGGACCAACUUUCAGGGCCACAGAAGACCACUCCAAAUGGUGUGUGGCCCCAGAAGGGCCCUGGGCCUGCUUGGGAGACAUGAAUCGGAACAUGAGAGAGCAGUAUCGGGGUGGGGGUACAUUGUGCACCCAACUGCCUGCCCUCUGGAAGGCCUUCCAGCCCCUGGUAAAGGCCUGGGAGCCCUGUAGAGAGGACGACAGCAGGACUGAAACCCCAGCAGAGCAAAGAACCAAGACUCAGGGACUAGUCUGAACUUGAUUUUGUGUGUGUGUAUGUGUGCGUAUGUGUGUAUUGAAUCCAAGGGCUUCCCACAUGCUGUACAAGCAAUGUACCACUAAACUACAUCCCCAGCCCUGGACUUGAGUUUGAAUCCCAACUCAGCUCCUAAUUGGGAGAUCUUAAUAUGUGACUUAAUCUGACGCAGUCUACUGAUUUGUAAAAUGAGACACACAACCCCUCCACUAGGAAUUGUCCAGGAAUGAAAGAAACUCUAUGGUU